UGAAGCCAUGAGUGGCUGGGUACAGCAGAAACACAGUGUGUGGAAAGACAGAGAGGAAGUCAGAAAGGCAGACAGAGUGAGUUAGGAAGAGGGAAAAAGAGAGUGACAGAGUGACCGAAAAGAGUAAGAGUUUAAAGCAAUAGAGGGCUAAGAAAGUGAUGGACAGCAACAGAGUACAAGAGCAACAGAGAUAGACUGCAAAACUGAGAGAAACAAGCACUAAAGGAGAUAAAGGAUAGAAAUAAACCGAAACAAAAGACCCAGAGAAAUUGAGCCGUAGCUGGACUGAGUGAGCGCAGCGCAGCGUGUUGUGGAGUGCGAUGCAGCAGUGCCCGGCUCGCGCGUCCCAUUCGGGGGAGAUCCUCUCUGGGCUGGGGGGGAACCGGCGCCACUCGGCCUCGGACGUGCUGCUGAAGGUGCUGCAGCGGCGCCGGAGCUCCGCGCUGGAGAGCCUCUCCACUUCCUCUCACAGGGUCAUGCUGGCCGUCAGUUUGACCGAGGCCAACCGCAGCGCGCAGGGACGCCGACUCAGUGCCCGGGUCCCGACGGCGAAGUACACCAAAGUUGGGGAGACCCUGCGGCACGUCAUCCCUGGUCACAUGCAGUGCUCCAUGACCUGCGGAGGCCGCGCCUGCAAGUACGAGAACCCCUCUCGCUGGAGCGACGAGGAGCAAGCCAUCAAGGGCCUCUACUCCUCUUGGAUCACAGACAACUUACUAGCUAUGUCAAGGCCUUCAACAGAAAUCAUUGAAAAAUAUCACAUCAUUGAACAGUUCCAAAGGUGUAGUCUAAAGACAGUGAUAAACCUCCAGCGCCCAGGGGAGCAUGCCAGCUGUGGCAACCCUCUAGAGGUGGAGAGCGGCUUCACCUAUCGCCCUGAGAUCUUCAUGGAAGCAGGAAUCUACUUUUAUAACUUUGGAUGGAAGGACUAUGGUGUGGCAUCUCUGACCACCAUCCUGGAUAUGGUUAAGGUGAUGUCAUUUGCCAUUCAGGAGGGAAAAAUGGCCAUCCAUUGCCAUGCUGGUCUUGGAAGAACAGGUGUCUUAUUGGCGUGCUACCUCGUUUUUAAUUCGCGGAUGAGUGCUGACCAGGCCAUCCUGUUUGUGCGCGCAAAGCGGCCCAACUCCAUCCAGACCCGGGGCCAGCUGCUGUGUGUGAGAGAGUUCGCCCAGUUCCUGGUGCCGCUGCGCAGCGUCUUCUCCUGCGCCGAGCCGAGGGCCCACGCCGUCACGCUCUCGCAGUACCUGACUCGGCAGCGCCAUCUGCUGCACGGCUAUGAGGCGCGGCUCAUGAAGCACGUGCCAAAGCCUGUGCAGCUGGUCUGCCGCCUGCUGCUGGACGUGGCUGAGAACCGCACGGUCACCGAGGAUGAGCUGCGGCCGGCGCCCGAGCUGCCAGACCUGGCCGCCGAGGUGGAGAAGACGGUAUCCCAGCAGGCUUUGCAGCAGCUCGGCAAGGAGAUGAGGGGGAAGGGUAUCCCUGUGCCUUUGCCACGUGGCUCUCUGACAACCCCCGUCCCUGUGCUGCUGGCUCACGACCGACUGCUGUGCAGCGAGCAGGAAGUGGUUUGGAGGCGGCAGGAACUCUGCAGCCAUCUGAGGCCCCUCCGCACCCUCAAGAGAAGCCUUAGCUUGAGCGACACCGCCCUGCACAUCCUGGCCUCUCAGAUGCUCCCAGCAGGGGGCGCUGCAAGUGCACUUACCCACAGGCCCGUCUCGGACCUCGUCAACCCAUGCUUUGCCUUUCUCAACAGCCUAGGGGACUCCGAGUCCACUUGGCACCCACCAGCUCAACCUCACAGUGACAGUUACGGCAGCGACAGCCCAAGCAAUCGCUCUCCCGUCAACUCGCCAAUCUCAGACAAACCUCAGAGGAAAGACACAGAGGAGAAAAAGCCUGGAGUCUCUUUCCAGACAAGACGGGUACCCCUCAGACAGGGUCAGCGUAGCAUGUCUGUCGGGUAUGCUGAGAGCAGCACAAAUACCAGCGACUCUGGUGAUAGGGGAAAAUCAUCAGCCCUCUCCGAUCCCUGCACAACUGAAGCUUGCGAUGCGAGUUCGGAGAAGGGGACAGACAUCCCCUUUAUCGCGCUCCAGAAUGAGCUCACCCCACAGGCCAGACGAGUCUUGGUCGCUGAAGCACUUGCGACAGGGUCAGACCCAAAGGAGCUCAAAGACGAGGUGUUAGAAUGGCAGAUGGAGCUGAACUCCAGAGAGGGGGCCUGGGAGAGACUCUACCAGGAGCGGGACCCCCUGGUGCUCUCCAGCCUUAUGUGGGCCUGGCUGGAGCAACUCAGAGAGCCAGUCAUCAGCCGAGAGGAUGUGGAGGCCCUGGAGGAGAAGAACUACAGCCCACAACAGGCCCUAGACUCACUGGGCAAGGGCCACAAACAAACUCUGUUGUGCAUUCUGGAUUGUACCGCACAUCUUUUAGAAAUACCAGAGGAUGUGGAAAAGGACAUUCUCGAUCAUAUAAUCAAAACAUUUACAAAGGUGGAUCUAGAAUCAGCGAACAGCCAGGCGGUCUACCACACCCUGCGGGCAGUCCUGACUCCUGUUCUCCAUGAGCUGAGGGCCAAAGCAGAGGAGUCCACAUGCCAGUAUACCGCGUACCCCUGAUCACCCUCCACUUACGUCCAUAACUGGGUCACAUCAGGGGCUGGGUACGAUCCUCAACCUCUUUUAUUAUUUUAGAACGUCCGUAUGUUUUUGUGGCAUAAAAGUCAAAGCAGGUCCAAAAAUUUCUACUGUUGCUGCUGUUUUAUUGUUACUAUUGUGUUAAUAUUUUUUUUUAAAGUCCUAUUUUAACAUCAGGCCGUUUAAAGCUGUUGUCGUUUGUGUCUUCGUGUCUGUGUUGUUUUGCCGUUCUUCAAUGUUUACUCUUGAAAAGAAGAAAAAAACUGCCAUAUAUUCUUGUGUGCCAUGAGGUUCACUUUAAGUGGUUUUCAUGUCCUUUGGUUCUAAUAUGUUUGGUAUAAAUCUGUGUGAUAUUUAUUAUAUCGUACUUAUAGUACCUACCUAUUUAUUACGUUUGUAUGUUUAACACAAAAGCAUAGAGCAAUGCCCCAUUAAAUGGGCAUUAACAACAUGGCUUAAAGGGAAUGUUGUUACAUUCAGAGAGAAUCAGAAUGAUUCUGCCGUCCUGAAAUGUAUACAAGUGUAGUAAAUGCGUGUUAACACUGAUCACUGGGGAACGUGCUUUAAUAUGUACACAUCUCAAUCCUUAUAAAUGGAACUUUCAAUAUUGUUCCCUUCAACAUCAUGGAGAUGGAUGUCUGCAAACCAAAUAAUAUUUUCUUUUCACUGUGCAAAGUAUGCUGAGGUAUAUCUAAAGUGGCAUAUUAAAAUGUAAUGGAAGAAAGGGAAACUGAAUGCAAAGUUAGCUUUGAUUUUAAAUGGUCAAUUUAUUUUUAAUUUGCAGGUUAAUAAGCAUGUUAAUGCUCAUUUCAUUGUAAUGCAACCUAGUUAGCAGUCAGAAAAUACUGUUACGUAAAAAAUAAAAGGAAAACUAGCAUGUUUGAGAAUGUAUGUGUUUGCCAAGGAAUCUGCCUCUUGUUUUGUUUGGUUCUGACUAAAUUAAUUCUGCCUCAUUCAAAAAUGACUUACUUUGCAAAGAAACUAAGCUGCUCCUUGGAGUUUAUUUCUACAAAGGGAUAUUUUGUUUUCUGUCAUAUGCACUAUCAAUGUUUUAGAUACAUAAUGUCUAGUCCACCUCAGACCUCAUUUUUUUGUCACUGAAUGCACAAUAUGGUGUGCAUCAGGAAGUGUAGACAACUGAACUUAUUAUCUUGGUUCAAGCUUGAUUACAUUUGUAUCUUAAGGUUGAGACAUUGUACUGUGGAAACCUUGAAGAAGCACAAUUUUUCCCAUCCCUUGCCGAAAAAAUAAAUGCUCUUAACAUUAAAAAAAA